AUGCAGAAACCGGACGCAAAGGAACAGGAGAUCUUGAACGCAAAGAAAAUCAAGCCGUCUUCCGAGGUUGAUUCCGCAAGGCCGAAACCUAUUCGUGGAAAGGUAGCCAGGAGGGGCAAGGGUGCCAAGAGCACGGCCGGUGAAACGGCGGCGUUGCAGACCAAAGAUGGGGCAUCGGCAAGUAGCAGCGCCGGGCCGCUGGCUAUCAACACAGCGGUCCCAUGCGAGCUGUCCGACCCUAAUGGGGAGAAGGCGCGUGAGAUCCCCGACAAGGACGAUCCAACGGCUCCGCCUCCACCAUCAGCCUCGCCUUCGCCUUCUCAGCCGCCACCACGACCCGAAGGCAACGACGGCGCUGAUUCGCCUCCUCCUCCAACCCGCAAAGCGACAGCGAAGGGCAAGGAUGCCGCCAACGGCGCCAACAAAAAGCUACCGCAAGGUCAGCGCGGAGCAGCGGUCGAUAGCAGUGCCCAGCCGCUGGCUAUCAACACAGCGGUCCCUAGCGAGCCGUCCGACCCUAAUGGGGAGAAGGAGCGUGAGAUCCCCGACAAGGACGAUCCAACGGCUUCGCCUCCACCAUCAGCCUCGCCUUCGCCUUCUCAGCCGCCACCACGACCCGAAGGCAACGACGGCGCUGAUUUGCCUCCUCCUCCAACCCGCAAAGUGACAGCGAAGGGCAAGGAUGCCGCCAACGGCGCCAACACAAAGCGAGCGCAAGGUCAGCGCAGAGCAGCGGCCAAUAGCAGCGCCCAGACGUUGGCUAUCGAGACGGCGGUCCCAAGCGAGCCGCUCGACCUAUAUGGGCGCAAUGCAUAUGAGAUCUACGACGACGACGAUUUGUCAGCUUCGCCUCCGUCCUCAACGCGACCUACGGACUACUUGCCCCCGCCACGGAUGGUAGGCAAUGAAGGAAAUGGCGCGUCGUAUCUGCCGUAUCUGCCAACUCCCCAAACUCCGCCACCUCACACCUACUAUCGACCUACGAGCCCGGUUGAGCACGAAGACUUCACCGAUGACCUUCACGACCCCCACCAGAUGAGCACUAGCAGCUUCCAUGGAUCGGAUGAUUAUGACUUGGACGUCCCUACCUAUGCGACCGACAUGCUAGAUCUGUCGUACAUGUUCCCUGCCCCGGAACUCACCCCAGAAAAGAUAGCCCAUCCGUUGGAUUUCCAGGAAAGUUCUCCGAUCUGGAGAACACAUAACCAGACUCUGUACGAUCCAUAUCGUGGCGUCAUUCUGGAAGACGACAAGGAGGAUGACGAGGAGCAGGAGCAGUACGAAAACGGAGACAACGAGAGGGAGAUGGUGCCUGAGAGUGAUGACGAGGAGGAGACUGAUUCUGAGCUCCCCGAUGAAGGGAAGGAGAACGAUUCCGAGGGGAGCGAGCCUGAGGAGAUUGGGGAGGAGAAGGAACUCGAUUCUGACGAGAACGACGAGGAGAAGAACGGGGACGAGGAGGAGGACGGGGACAAGGAGGACGGGGACGAGGAGAAGAACGAAGACGAGGAGGACGGGGACGAGGACGACGGGGACAGGGACGAGGAGGAUAGAGACGAGGAGAAGCGACACCACGAGAGGGUUCAGAGACGUGACAAGUUGCUGGAUACGGGCGUAGUAGGGAUUGGCAGCGAGGCUGAUGGACACGAGGACGUAGGCAGGGAAGGCACGCUGAGGAACCAAGCGCCACAUGUAAAGCGCUCACCUCGCAAGACAGCACGCAUCGACUAUAAAAGCCUAUCCCGGGGUCAACCACCACGCACUAAGGAUGACACACAGCAUCCAAAUCGCCAGGGAAGCAAAGCCAACCGGUCUGAUGAUGAAAUCAUGGAGUCCGAAGACUCUGGGGAAGAUUUCCUGCCCGAACAUGAGCACCGGUCGAAGAAGAAGGACGAGAUGCUCCAGGAGGACGCGGACGCGUUGGACGAUAGAGAGCUGGAGAGCGAAGCAGUCCCAGAAGAUGACAAGACGCCGACUCGCAAGCGCAAGUCGAAGUCACGUCAGCCUGGGCACGCAAAGUCAAAGUUGGUGAAGGGAAGCCGCCCUGCUCGCCCUAUGUCGAAGAUGGCCCCCGCCCACAACGAAGACAACCCGCCUGUGGAUAACUCUGAUUCACCUGUCGAUGACAUUGACGUGCCCGUGAACGACAACAACCGUGGGGAUACACCAAAACAGGGAGCCGCUUCUAAGGGCAAGAAACGUGCCGGCAAGUCGUCCUCCAAGCCUGGGCGGCUGAGCCAGGAAGACGAAAAGAUGAUCAAAGCCGAGGCAGAGCGCAUUCAACUUUGGAUAUCCGAAACGGCAACAAGACUCGAGAAGCCGUUUGCAACUAUCGCCAACAUGCUGGGUCUGCCCGGUCUGAGCCUCCGUCGCGCGAAGAACCCUUGGUCUGUGUUUGAGGCCUGGUACGCCUACCAUGCCCCUCAUAAGAAAGGUGAGGAGACUCCCGCGGACUUCAAUAAACGCAAGAGCGAAGCAUACCGAGACCUUCUCAAGGACGUGCCGGAGUCAAAGCGGGACGAAGUAAUGAAGCCGUAUAUAGACUGGUACAUCGACCGGCAUAGGGCGUACCUCGAGCAGCUUGCGGCAAAAGGCAAGACCGGCGUUGAGGUUUCGCGAGUCGCAAACGAGUUUGCUACCUUGGCUCGCGGAUAUUACGUUUCGCAUGGAUAUCACAUCUCAGGUUCCGUGAUCGACAUCAGUCCCAGAGGGCGCGGCAUGAUAUGGGUGGGGUCGCCUGAAGGCGAAGAGCUCAAGGUGAUCCAGGAACCGGAUCAGCUCGACUGGCUAUCGAACCAAGGGGCGAUGCUGAAAUGUGUGAAACUUCGUCGCGAAGGGAAGGCCGCUCCGGAAAUACCCAGCCAAGGAAACAGCCACGACUUCAAAGCGGCGCCGAGGAACGUUAGAGCGGACGGAAAAAUCGAAGGACUGCGAGACUACCAAGUCCGCAUCUUCACUGAUGUCUUCAAGUGGAAACUCAGGAGGGCAAAUGUAGCAUUGCCUGGAACUGAUAUGGAAUGGCAGGGCCUCCUCAAUCGCAUGUAUCACGAAAAGAUCCGAUUUGUCGACUUCCAUCCCAACGCUGUAUGGAUCGAAAAGAAGGGGUCGUACGAGUAUCAUCCGAAGGCAGCAGGGAACGGCCGGAGCACGAGGGAGAUGGUAGCGCCAUUCAUGCAAAGUCCCAACGGUGCAGGCGUCAAAUUCGAUAUACAACACUGGUCCGAUCAGGAGAAGGCUUUGCCACUCGAGGAUCAGGGCGAGGUACCACUCGUGCUUUGCUGGGUUGAAAACGAGGACAAGGCGAUCGUCGACGGCAAGACGAUCAUAAUACACAACUGGGUCAAGCAGAUGGUGAAAUACCGUGUCGCAUCCACGUCCGCAUGGUACCAGGACCAAGGGAGACUCAAUUGGCCAGCCGAGGACGCCGACGGGAAUGAAAAAUCGGCCGCUGAGCCUGGCCCGUCCAAGAAGCGACGUCGAUUAACCAGCCGUGUAAAAGAGACGUCAGGAGAAACGUCAGCAACGCAGCCUCCAGUGCGCGAUGCCAUCGAUAGGGAUGUUCAAGCCGAUUAUGAGCAGGACUGGGACUCGAUGGGACAACCAUGGCCAGGCUUUGUAGAUCCCGCAGGACGAAGCUACGAUGACGAUUACAUAUAUAAUGGCGCAGGAUACAGUCACGACGUCAAUCGUUACCCUUCGGAAACAAUCGAGGACGGCAUCUAUGAAGACACCGACGACGUCCAGGGUGCCGUUCCUUAUACAGGAGAGUACGACGACAACAGCUCUCACGCCGAGCAUGGGACCUUCGGCCCCGUUCUUGACGAUCCGCAGACGACAGGUAGCCCAGACGAGUGGCAACAUCUACCUGUGGAGCCUACAAGGCCCGCAAUGUCCGAAACGCUGGCGUAUCCCGGUCGCAGCCGAUUGGACAAUCAGCCUCCCAGUCGCAAAGCACCGCAGGCAGGCUCGAGCCGAGGCUAUGACCACGCAAUAUCACACAAUGCUGGUGUCAUCACAGCCCGAUCGCUUGGGAUCAGCAACGCGGCCGGCACACCCGCCGAUGCAGGCGCCGCCGAUGAUGAGGGGUGCGCCUGGCGCGUCAAGGUUCUCUUUGGUGCAUCCCGAACGGCCGCCGAUGACAACAGGCGAACCCAGUGCAUCCAGGUUCGCCUCGGUGCAUCCCGAGCGUCUACCAGCGCAGGGGCCGCCAACGACGAGAGGGGCCGCCGAUGUCCAGAAGCACACCGCAGCCUGACUAUUCCUCAAGGGGCCUCCGACGACGAGAGGAGCACGGCCGACGACAAGAGGGAGGCCCAACGCGUCGAUGUUCAACUCGGUGCAACCCGAGCGUCUACAAGUGCAGGGGCCGCCAACGACGAGAGGUGGGCCCAGCGCAUCGAGGUUCGCCUCGGUACAACCCGAGCGUCCGCCGGUACAGGGGCCGCCGAUGUCCAGAAGCACACCGCAGCCCGACCAUCCCUCAAGGUAUGCUUCGAUGCAACACGAACGUCCUCCAGCGCAGGCGCUGCCCGAACGUCAGUCGAUGCAGGGGCCGCCGACGACAAGAGGGGGGUCCAACGCAUCGAGGUUCGCCUCGGUGCAACCCGAGCGUCCACCAGCGCAGGGGCCUCCGACAAUGAGAGGAGCACCGCAACCCGGCCACCCGUCAAGGUUUUCUUCGAUGCAGCCCGAGCGUCCGCCAGUGCAGGCGCUGCCCAUGACAAGAGGCGCACCACAACCCGAGCGUCAGUUGCUGCAAGCCCCACCGAUGGCAAUGGGCGCAUUUGGUGCAUCGAGGUCCGCAUCGAUGCAAGCUGA